GUUUGAUGAAGCUGACAUCCUUCUCCAAUGCCUGCAUUUUCAGUGCGUGCAGCAUUUGCAUGGCGUCUGAGGGGGCGUUCUAGAGCCGCCACUGCAGUUAUUGCACCAUGAGCAUUGCCUCUGCCCGCCUCUGCAUCAAUGCUGCGCACGAGCUGAUCGGCGCACGCUUUCCUGGCGCAAGCACGUCGUUGCGCAAAGGCGCAUUUGUUGGGGCGUUUUCUAGGAGCUCAAGCAGUCUGCAUGUAGCAAAAAAUUUCUUUUUUAGCAGGCCAAGAAUCGCUGAAGUUCCGAAAAGUCCUUUUAGCACCUUACUUAUAACGCCUCAACUGAACAGGGAGGUACAGCCAAGGGGCUUCUCUGCGAGGGCAGCUGCUACUGAUCAGCCACCACAAAUGGCGGCCCCAAAGGAGAUCAGCUCAACAAAGCAGUUUGGCGGCUUCAAUAAGAGAUAUGAGCAUGAAAGCAGUACGAUUGGAGUGCCUAUGAAGUUCACUGUGUACUUUCCACCGGCAGCAGAGAAGGGGAAAGUACCGGUCCUCUACUGGCUGUCUGGGCUCACAUGCACUGACGAGAAUGUCAUCCAGAAGUCUGGCGUCCAGCGCGAUGCUGCUGAGAAAGGAGUUGCCAUCGUGGCUUGCGAUACAUCCCCACGUGGCUUGAAUGUGGAGGGGGAGGCUGAUAGCUGGGACUUUGGAGUCGGUGCCGGUUUCUACCUGAACGCUACUGAGGACAAGUGGAAGGCAUGGCGGAUGUACGACUACGUUGUCAAGGAGCUGCCCGAGCUUCUUCGGACGCACUUUCCUCAGCUGGACACCAGCAACGCGUCCAUUUUCGGACACUCCAUGGGCGGCCACGGCGCGCUGACCAUCUUCCUCAAGAACCGUGACAAGUACAAGACGGUGUCCGCAUUCGCCCCUAUCUGCCACCCCAGCAACUGCCCCUGGGGCGUCAAAGCCUUCACAGGGUAUUUGGGGUCGGACAAGUCAAAAUGGGAGGAAUACGACGCUACCGUGCUAGCGCAGAAGUUCAGCGGCAACAAGGACUUCCAUAUCUUGAUCGAUCAGGGUUCACAGGACAACUUUUUGCACCAGAAGCAGCUGCUGCCUGAGGAGUUUGCCGAGGCCUGUAAAAGCAAUGGCAUCGGCGUCAAGUUGAGAAUGCAGGACGGAUACGACCACAGCUACUAUACCAUCGCGACUUUCAUGCCGGAUCACAUCACCCACCACGUGAAGGCUCUGACAAGCUCGUGAGCUAUUUUGUCACCGUUCCAUACUAGAUUCGAGCUAAAGCCGAUUCGGGUCCUUGCACAAGGUGCCACAAGUCAUGAAGGAGCGACCGUCUGUAGACGGCUUGGAUGAUUUUGACAUUUCGACGACUUCCUCAUCAAAAGCCAGGAAUUUGUUACUUCGUUCUGCGUGCAAGCUUGUAGGAUAGCUGCGGUAUAAGUGUAUGCAGUGACCCUCAUUGCUGGGACGCAUUUCUGGCCUGCCACCGCGGUUCACUGAUGGCUCAAAGCUAUCAUUCAUC